AUGAAGCUCACCACCCUCACCCUCGUCUCAACCCUCACCACUCUCUCUAUCGCCACCCCCGUCCUCCACUGGCCCCGCCAAGCCAACGACACCACUCUCCCCAUCACCAAUGGAACUGCCCUUACUGCUCCCACCACCGAAGCCGCAGUCGAUGCCGAACCCGUUGACGCAACCACCGACCUCACCAUGGCCACCAACACAAACAUAAUGUCCAGCCUCAUGGUCAUCAAGCUCCUAGACGCUGUCCUUGGCGUGGCGCUCGGUGAAGUUUUGGUUCUCAACCUGGGCGCCUACGUCCAGCGGUUCAACGCUAUGAUGAACGCUGGGAUGGGGAUGGUGGGGCAGGCUGGGGUUGUUGAGGAGGAAGGGAAGGGGGUUGUUGAACCUAUGGAGCCGGAGGCUGUGGUGGGGGAGAUUGUUGAUGAGGUUGAGGCUGCUGUUGAGGAUGUCGAGGUUGAGGCUGCCGAACCUGUGGUUGGGAACGAGGAAGGUAUUGAGGCUGGGGCUGAGGCUAUGAUGAUCGGGGCUUAGGGUGGUAAAGGGGGAUGAAAAAGACGGAUAUUGAAAGUAAUGGGCGAAACGGGUGGUGUGACAGGACUUGUUCUGGGUUGUGAUUUACCUAGGUAAUUUGUCAUGGGGGGAAGAUUCUUGGCUGCUACGUCUUCUGGCGAUGGGCAUUUUCUCAGUUCCAUUGGUAGUCUUAUUUUGUAGACGGGCAACUCUUGCUAGGGGUUUCAUUGAGAUAGAUUUCUGAGAAUCUACGAAUAUCAUAA